AUGCCUAUCUGCAUCGAAUGCUCUUAUCCUGUCUCUCAUCUUUACAGUGCCUACAGUCGCGCUGAUGACCGGUCCCAAGGAAAAGGGGUGCGAUUAACUCAGUGCCCGCGGUGUCAGCGUUUUGCCGACAAAUAUGUUGAAUAUGACUUUGUUGUGCUCUUCAUUGAUUUAGUACUUAUCAAACCUCAGGUGUAUCGACAUCUCCUCUUCAAUCGACUCGGGCGAGACGACAAUCAGUUUGAUCGCUCAAUCAUUCGACUAGGAAUUUUACUACUUCUUUUCGAUGUUUAUCUCACCUGGGCACGUAUCGAGAAGGACCCAUCACUCGCAACAACCUUCCUCUCACGCGCCCCCGUCAUUGUCCAAUAUUUGUUCUUCCUGAGCUUGAACGCUGCUGCAACGCUGGCGCACCACCUCACCGUUCGCCUCCUUGCCUCAAUAUUAGUUCCCAAGUCUCGCCGAUACAGCAGGCCAGAUACCAGCAACCAUGCCAAUCCUGGCGUAACUAGUGCAGGGGAUGCCACUCCGUUACACUCUGGUCCAUCUACACCAACAAUUAGACCCUCACCAUCGACAGUCUCAGUAAACGCGCAGUCACAGUCGCUGAACCCCUCAACCCCCCUUGCAAGCCCACUCAAAGCGACUCCGACGCCCAUCUCCCACCCCGAGGUCACCUCUCCACAAGACCCCUCCACACCGCAAGGCCAAACAAUCGCACCACCUCGACCAGCGCCACCCCUCCGCCGAACGUCCACAGCCCCUCUUCAAAACAUACAGCCCCUUCCCCCUCCAACAGCUGCAAGCCCAGCAGCAAUCAGCACCGCCCUACUAGUAAGCAGCUGCGCGAAGCUAUUUCCCAUCCUUCUAGUAAUCUGGGGCGCGGACGGGAGUGGCAGUCUCUCCGAUAUUCCAGCGCACAGUCAUACAGCAGCGCAGAUCCGCGCCCCAACGCAGCCAGCUACCAUGCCAAGCGCAGUGCAUCAAACGUUGUUCGCCACGGCGCGCAGUACAUCAUUUAUCUCUGCGAGGUCGGCUAUUUCUUCUCCUGCGUCGGCACCGGCACAUUCUGCUUCCUUCCUCGAGUCAUGGCUAGCGGCUACUACUUCUUUGCUUCAAAGCUCCGGGCCGACUAGUUACUUGACUAGUGUUUUUGAUUUGCUUUCUUCGCUGCUUUCUCUUGGUGUGGUCGAUACCCAUCUUGUGUUGUUGAGUAAUAUCGAGGCGCUCUAUAUCCUGCUUGGAUGUGGGUAUCUGCGUGCCGUGGCGGUUGCGGUUGCUGGUCAGGUUGCUCGGUGGGCGGUGCAGAGAGUGAUACUGGGAGCGGUCGGAGUCGGCUAA